AUGCCCAGCGGAAUGAACGUGGUGCAGGUUCUGAGCAGCGAUCAACGGAUGCGCCAUGGACGCGUCGUGGGCGUGGCCGUCGACGGUCUCUUCGUCGAUCGGCUCUGCGCCAACCGGCGACACGAAUUUGUACCGUUUGGCAGCGUCUUCUUUCCCUCUCCGAUGAAGCAUAACGAACAGGACAGCUUAUACGACAAAAAAUGGUUAAGCGGCCCAGUGGAGGUUCUGGUGCCGGAGACGCCGUGGGGUCCCUGGAUUUGGCUGCCAGGGGAAAUCAGCUGCGUGCCAAAGCUGCACGGAGCGGCCGUUGUUAAUUGGCGAGGUCUUCGCAAGGGCGAGCACUGCACCGACAUCAUCCCCAUUCACCGCAUCCGCCCACUGCGUACUGCUUCCAACCACGCCAUCCUCCGCAUAGCGAUCAGUCCGGGCACCUUCAACAAGGGCUGCGUGGACCUCGGCGAGGAAUUUCGUUGGGUACUCCCUGAGAAAGCGAAGGAGCUCGUUCAACGGCUGAAUGGCUGCGACCUGCAUCUCCUGUCGCGAAUUGUCGUGGUGGACCUAGUGGACGGACUACUGCAAUACAUUUAUGUUUUAUCCAAAUGGUUUUCGCGCUUGUGCUUUGAGGAGACGACUGAACGCCUUCAUGCAGACAUCCUCUGCCUGAUCCGAAAAUUCCAAGCCGAAGCGGCGCGUAGCGAAGACGGAUUAGGGACGGCGUUGUCGAUGGAAUUGUGGCAGGAGGUCUUUUCCUAUUUCGACGCCGUGGCCCAGACGAAGCUGCGUGCUGUGUGCACAUCGUGGAACCAAAUCGUGGAGACGCCAUUGCUGCGUUCCACCAUCGUCAUCCGCAACGACGACAAGACCAACUGGAACGCCGGCAAUUUUGCACGUGUGGCAAGUUUGUACAAGUUUUUACGCCGCGGUACGCAGCGUGUCCUAUUAACACGCCUGGAUCGGUUAUCAUGGACGCAGUACCUGAGGGAAGUAUCGGCGAUGAUUCAGCAUGUGGUGAACCAGCGAACUGGCAUCCGUCUGCGCGCUGUUUACCUGCACCGCGUUUGCCUCCACCUGCUGAUCAACCGCGGCCCGGAUGCCGUAGACACGCAGACCAUUGGUCAGUGUGCGCGGCAUCUGUGUGAUCCUGUGCUGCCGAAUCCGUUCCGCGUUGACCCGGAAUAUACGGCCAGUUCCUGGCUGGAGGAUUUCCUGGCCGGUUGCCGCAGUCUACCGUGCGAUACCAUCCAUCUUGUCGACUGCGUGGUUUCCUGUGGACUCGUCAUCCGCUUUCCGGCGGGGCAAACGCACUUCAAUCACACUAUCGAGUUCCGCAUCAGCAGUGCGCGAUUUCGGCCUGGAAGCGCUGAUUUCGGCUGCGCGUUGUGGGACGCGAUGGAAGCAGGGCUGCCGGUUCCCAGUGCAGAGAAGCUGCAGAAACUGCUCCAGCGGAUGACAAUGGGCAGGAAGCCGGAUGACAUGGAGGCAGCACAGAACAGCCUUAGCAAGAUCCUGUGUGCGCUGCAGUCGGCUGAUCCGCGUCCGUCGGCGCCUUAUCGCGGGAAGGCGUGGUGCGUGGACGAAUUUGUCAACUUUAGCGAAUUUGUCAACUUUAUCGGCACCAUCCGUUUGCGCAUAGAAUAA